UGCAUGACCCCACACAAGCCCCCAUCGAUGGCUCGCAGUUGGGAAGUCUUGAAGCUGUCUUGUCCGUCUGUCUGCGUUGAUGGCUGCUGCUCUCAUCAUCUCCUUACACUUCACCAAAGGCGUUGCUGUGCACGCACACAGACAGAGAACCGGAUCCCAUUAUUGCGCAUACCUGAAAGCGCUGAUGUCUACAAGAUGAGGCUCUGAGUCACACACACACAGAUGGAGAGAGAGCACCAAUUCGCUGAGUGUGUACGCUCCCCUCGGUCCCUCACCUGCAGUUGAUGGUCUUGAGUGCCACUUAUGUCCUCGUCUCUGCAGGUCUGCAAGACGAAGUACAGGUCUCGAUCAGAUGCAUUGUCUGCCGGCUCGUCACAGAGCCGUCUUCGAUGGGAGGGGAGGGGAGGGGCAAAGAAGUCGGGCGGACUGAGUUGAUGGUCGUUGGACGUCCGGGCCUGAAUGUUCCAAGGAAUCCGAUCAACAAAAUCCAUAAACGAUGAUUCGGCGGACUGAAUGAGAGUGUUUCUGGUGCAUGAAUGCGUCUACCUGCCGCAUGAAGCGACGGUGUAUCUUUUGUCUGGCUUGUUCGUACUUCCUCCAUUCCACCCAUGCUGUCCUCUAACGCGCCGCCGUCGGCCUGCUCCACAGCCGACUUGGAAGACGAGGGGCGACUCGGCGGUUCGUUGGUCAGAAAGAGUCGUCGGAACGUGAGAUGAAGAGCCAGAGGAAAUAUGAAAUGCAGACAGCGAUUGAGAACUCACUGACAAUAAAGACACAUGGGAAUAAUGCAUGAGUGCAGGGGUAUCGUGUGCAAAAUGUUCACCUGCCUCAGGGACGGCGAAGGAGUCUCUUGGCUGAUGUCUGUGGGGGCCGCUGCCUGCUGCUGCUGCUGCUGUGGGGAGGUGGCAAUGGGGAAGGAGCGCUGCAGCUGCCUCUUGUCGACCGCCGGGCUGGGGGGCGAGUCGGGGAGGCUGAGGUCGGUGUAGGAGCGUUGGAGGGCUGUGGUGGAUCGCCAAAUGGGUGGCGAAGAGGCGACCGUACUGGCAAGAGACAAGCGGCGGGCGGCACCCUCCUGCACCUUGUCAUCAUCGCUGCACGGAUGAGAGGACACAGACAGAAGCGACAUAUAUAUAAAUCCAUCGAUGUCCCCCAUUCAUAUACGUACGCUGUAUGUACGCUUACCCCUUCACUGCUUUGGCGUCAGAGGGGCGGUCACUGAGGGCUUCGACGGCGCUGCUGAAGCUCUCCUCCAGCUGCUUCUGGACGCCCAGUCGCCACUCAGCACUGACACAUAUAGUUGACAUACAUACGCUCAUGUGCCAUGCAUACCUGUUGCUAUGGCUGUCGGUCGACUCACGCCUUUUGGCGAUCUUGUUCCCUGGCUGCCGUCAGCUCCUGAUUAGCCGCUCCACCCGGCCCUCUCUGGCCUUCUCGCUGGCCUGCAGCUUCUGCACCGUGUCGCGCACCUCCCUGCCGACGUCCUCGGCGUCGAUGCGCUGCUCCAUGCGAUGUAUCUCCUGCCUGCAGCGCAGCGCAGCCCAGAGAGACAUUUGAAUGAAGAGACCAAAGUCCAAAGUGACCGACCAGGUGCGGGUGGGCGAUGUGCCUGCCUGCCUGCCACGAGUGUGUGCCCCUAAGUACAUAUGUAAGUAUUGCUCACUCACUUGAGCCUCUCGUUCCUCCCGCGCUCCUCUUUCUGCUGAGGCUGGGGUGGGCCCAGACAGGGCGUUUUGGCGGUACAGAAGGCGUCAAUGGCCGCCUCCGGGGAAGAGGAGAACAAUGGACUCGAGAGAGUGCGAUGAGUUUCUGUCUUACCAGCCUGACGCUGGGAGAUUGCCAGUUCUGCGGUGGCCUUGGAUGCCUCGGCACGCACCUGAACUAGUUCCUUGUCAAGCCGAUGACGCCAAAUGGCAGGUUGUCUUCUCGAGAAUAAUUGCUUCGAAUUAAAAUCAUUCUCGGCAGUCUCCUGCCGAGCUGCCGAGAAUCUUGCCGUUGCUGUCUUUGCA